UCGUCAUUGUUGCAAACUUUACCGCGAUUCUCGUGAGAUCAACGCCGAGGAGAGAGAAUAUACAGAAAUAAACACAAGUAGCACACAAAAGUCUUGAAAAGUGUAAGUCUAUUUUCGACAAAAUGUCCUCGCCAAAUAAAAAGGUAAAAAAAGUCGAGGACCCUGGGGAUGGUACGGAGUAUGACCUUGAAAUUCAGAAGGCUCUCGAAGAGAUCGACGGUUGUCAGAAUCAAAUUGAUGGACUCAACGAGAAAGCCAGCGACGAGAUCCUCGAAGUCGAGAAGAAAUAUAAUAAACUGCGUAAGCCUUACUUCCAAAAGCGUAACGACAUCAUCAAGAGGAUACCAAAUUUCUGGGUCACUGCUUUCGUAAAUAAUAAAAAAAUAGCCGAUAUUCUCGAGGAAGAGGAGGAAGAUGCUUUACGAUUCUUGAAUAAAUUGGAAGUCGAAGAAUUUGAAGAUAUUAAAUCUGGUUAUAGAAUUAAUUUCCAUUUUGGCAAAAAUCCGUUUUUCGAAAAUGACGUUCUAACAAAGGAAUUUCACCUUGGUUCAUCGGGAGAUCCAGCAUCACAUAGUACGACAAUUCGCUGGAAGGAGGGUACAGAUUUAGUGGAAAGAGCAAAGGCGAAUGCCGCUCUGAAAGGCAGAAAAAGGCCACUAAUUCAUAGAACGUUUUUCACUUGGUUCGCGGAUCACGGUGAUCCAAGUUCCGAUGAAAUCGCCGAACUUAUUAAAGAUGACUUGUGGCCCAAUCCUUUACAGUAUUAUUUGGCUCCCGAUAUAGAGGGCGAAAAUGGAAUCGAGGGUGAUGGUGAAGAAGGUGAAUCCGAAGAAGAGGAGGAGGAAGAAGAUGGAGUCGGAGAAGAAGGUGAAGAGGGCGUCGAGGUCGAGGAAGGAGAAGACAGUGUAGAAAUAAUGGAAGACGGACCCGAAGAAGAGGAAGAGGAAGAGGAGGAGGAGGAAGCCGUGAUUGAAAACGAUGAUGGGGAAGAACCAGAAUAGAGAAUAAGGUAACUCGUACAGUUGAAAAAAAGAAAAACCAACAAAACAAUUCGAAAGAAUAAUUAUGUGACGGAAACAUUCUUGAAAACGAAUGUUAGAAUAAGAAUUGUCGCGCGCAAUUACGAACACCUGCCUGGAGUCUUUUAUUAUAUAUAAUAAUUAUAUUAAAAUUAGAAUAGGCUUCAAUUUAAGUUCAGACAUCAAGCAGGAGCUCUAAUCGACAAAUUGCUGUGCACACAAAAUCAAUUUUAUAAUAUAAAAAACAAAAACUUCCCCGAACGAGGUACAAUUGGCAAUCUAAUAGAGACGAUAAAAAAGAAAAUCUUUCGACAUCAUUUAACAAUAAUGCGCUGUGCGCAAAAGACAAAUGAGAAUACAUCUUAAGUUUGCUUUUAUUUUACUAAAAAAAAAAGAUGAAAAUUUAAAAAAAAUGACAAUCCGUAAUAUUAAAAUUGUGUAGAAAAAAAAACACGUUACAAUAAUCAGACUUGUGAUGUAUUUGUAAAAUUUAUUGAGUCUAAAUAUCAGUCUUAUAUUGUAACGUGUCACACGGAUUUCGUACGGGAUGAAGAAGAUAUUUUAAAAUCAAACUGACGAAUAAUUUUUAUUUAUUGAGUAGUAUUUUUUUUUUUUAAAUAUAUUGUAGAUAAUUACGUGCAGUUAGUGAUUUACUUUUUUUUCCCCGUAAACUUUUUUGUUCGUUAUUUAGAGAUGCAAAUGUGAUAUAUAUUUUUUUUACUUAUGAAUCUCGGUGCGUUUUCUUGUUUUCUGUUUUAAUUUUUCAUUUUCACAAUUUGUAAAUAGAUAUGUAUAACGUCUCUCAGAGUAGUUUAAUGAAAAUAUUUCAAUUAUUAAAAAUAGAAGUUAAAAAAAAGUAAUCAAAGAUUGCCAUGUGCCUCGUUCAUUUGCAUCUUCCUACACUCUUUUUAAUUAAUAAGAAAGAAACUCAUCAUUCGCGUAAACUUCAAAACUGUUUUGCAUCGACGAACAUUAAAAUAUAUAAAUAUAUUAGAUUAAUUUUCAAGUAUAAGAAUAUUUUCGAUUACUUCUUUCAUAAAGGCGUUUGAAAAAAAAAAGAUUUAGAAAUAACAAUCAGGGAUUAUAAAACAGCAUCACAGAUUUUAACUUGUCAAACAUUGACGUAUUUGUGUCAAACAAGACAAAUCGUAAAAAAAAUAAAGUUGUCAAUUUCAAGUAUAA